AUGGCUACAUAUGUAGACGAGUCGAUCGACAGAUAUUUCUAUUCAUCUUACAACCCUUAUUCUGGCAGGUAUCCCAAACCAAAAGGUGCGGGCUGGAGAAACAAUUAUUUGGCCAACUAUGUGGCUACAGAGGACUAUUUUGAUAACCACCAGCGCGCGCAACUUAAAUCCAUCUUGUCUCAAAUAAACCCCAAUCUUACACCGAGGCUACGGAAAGCAAAUACCAAAGAUGUCGCUGUGCAGGUCAACCCGAAGAAGGAUGUCUCCGUGCAGUGCUCCCUCGGCCCAAGGACUCUCAUGACCGGAAAGCGAGACGCUUUGCGCAAAAGUAAACAGGAGGCCCAGACACCCGGUAGCCCUGCCGGUCCAGGCAGCUCGGUGGGAGGCGUGCUCUACCCUCGCACACUGGCCGUCUACUCGCCUGUCGCUUCUAGGAGACUUGCAUAUUUUCUAGAAGACGACAAAGGGGGACCGAGUGAAGUACCGACCGGUGACCCACCUGAAACCGUGAAGGCGGGGAAAAAGAAUAAAGGCGAAAAGUCUGCAGAGGACAAAACAGGAAAGGCAAAGGACGAAAAGACUGGGCCAGUUAAAAAAACUAGUAAGAAGACUGACCGGUCAGUUACGACCGAGGAUGUCAAAGCCGAUCAGGAUGGAUCGGAAGUCAAGACCCGCGUGAGGUUUCAGUUUCUGGAGCAGAAGUAUGGGUACUAUCACUGCAGAGACUGCAACCUGCGUUGGGAGAGCGCAUACGUUUGGUGCGUCCAAGGAACGAGCAAGGUCUACUUCAAGCAGUUCUGUAGAACCUGCCAGAAGUCCUUCAAUCCUUACCGGGUCGAGGACAUCACCUGCCAGACUUGCAACAAGUCGCGCUGCGUGUGCGAAGUGACCCCUCGCCACAUUGACCCCAAACGCCCCCACAGACAGGAUCUGUGUGGCAGGUGCAAGGGCAAGCGGCUCUCCUGUGACCGCACCUUCAGUUUCAAAUACAUCAUAUAG